UUUAUGCGUGCGCAGCAGUGCGAUUAUUUUUUUUUACUUUUGUAUAUUUGUCUACGAAAUGUUAAUGAUUUGUCACCACUGAUAAUUUUUCUGUUUGUUAAUGUAUCCUUUUUGAACAGUAUAGUUUAGUUUGUUGGCUAUACAGUCUUUACUUUAUCUUGUUUGAGGCCGCAUAAUAGUGACGCGGGAGUUAUAACACAACGGCGGUAAUAAGAACGUUGGUUCACAGCGUUUAUGUGCUCCAUUAAGGAGAAUCACAUUUAAGUUUUUGGUGUUGGAUAACGUGCAGGGUGGAUAUUGCUGUACUAACAGAUGAGCGAAAGCGUUGUGCGAUCGUGGUUUAGAUAUUUGUUUUGAUCUAAGAAUAGAGGCCUAGUUUUCGUACUGAACUGUCAAAAUGUCGGAAGCAGCAGACCUGAUUGAUAUUUACGCUGACGAGUUCAACCAGGAAUCUGAGCUUGGGACCAGUGAGCCAGUAGACUUGUAUGAUGAUGUACUGGCAGUGAAGGGAAGUUCAAAAUCUGGCUCCAAUGAUCCUUCUGCAAAGGGUGGAAGUGGAUGCAACAAGGACAGCAGUCAGCCUGCCAUUCUGUACACCUACAGUGGAUUGCGGAAUAAGAAGGCAGCCGUCUACGUUGGAAACUUCAGCUGGUGGGCAACCGAUCAGGACCUUCUCAAAGCUAUAAAGUCUGUUGGAGUGUCUGACGUUGUGGAUGUCAAGUUUGCUGAGAACAGAGCUAAUGGCCAGUCCAAGGGCUAUGCACUUGUAGUAGUUUCAUCUGAGAAUUCUGUCCAUAGACUGUUGGAGAAUCUACAGGGGAAGAAACUUUUCUCAGACACUUUAGAGGUUCGUCUUUCUACACGGCAGAACCUGAAUAUGUUUGAGACCCUGGCUAAAAAGAGAAUGCCUCAGAGAGCUAAUGCAAGAGAAUCCACCGAAUCUACUGAUUUAAAUGCCAAGAAGAUGGAGAAUGCAGCUUUAGCACAGCAGAUUGAGAAGCCGCCUCCUGUACGCCUGCCAUUCUUCAACAGACCUGCAUUUCCAGACAUUCGCCCUCCUUCAGUUCCUAUUCCACCUAUUCCACCCCCAGUGCCGAUGGGGUACAGUGUUCCUCCUCCUCCCAUCCCUGGGAUGACCUAUCCCCAUAUGGUGCCACCACCCCCUAGAAUUCCACCUCAUUUGGGUGUCCCACCACCAGGAUCUGUGCCACCUUCAUUACACCUGAAUCCUGCUUUCUUUCCUCCUCCAAGUACAGCUGGCAUCUCUUCAACCGAUCCUUACACCAGACCACCUUCUACAUUCAACAGGACAGGGGAGCUCGAAAGUACUGUGGUCACCUUAAAUGAGGCUGAAUUUGAAGAGAUCAUGAAUAGAAAUCGUGCCAUUUCUAGCAGUGCUAUUUCUAAAGCAGUAGCAGGAGCCAGCACAGAAAAAGGCAUCGCUCAAGAUCUCCUCCUCGUGUGGCAGAAAGCAGCCGAAAGUACAGAGAAAGAUCAUACAGUCCGGAUCCUUUUGAAGAUUACUUCCGUGACAAGACUCGGGAACGAUACCGGGAAAGAGAGCGGGAUCUGUAUUACUAAGGAAAUGAUUAAUUCAGAACUUGGACCGCAAGAGGAAAAAGGUCAGAUAAAAGCGACACCUAAUUAUUCAGGGAGUCUAAAAAAGAAGACCAUCAGAACCAUUUAUUUUGUUCAGCCACUCUGGGUUGUGCUGAAGAAGACAGCAGAGCCGUUGCAACCAGGAGGAACUUUGACCAGUGCAUCCCCAGUUCAGGUCAUCCUUCUUCCCCUCCCCAAAAGAAAUGGGGUCCACUUUGACAGUUACAUGCUCUGUGUAUAUUUUAAUUGGAUAUUGGUGUCAAGUUGGAUACUGACCACUGCUUUCAACUGUUAAGGACUGCGUAUUAGAAGCCUACUCAGAAUUCACUCCUCAGACUUGCUUCAUGGACAGUCGCUCCAAGAAGCUCUUAAGCAUUUAUUGAUGAGUUGUGGUCGGGGAAUAGUAAUCAGAAGGCAACUGCUAAUCAGCAAGUCUGUUUUACCUCUGAAUCUGUCACUUCCAAAACUUACCCUGAAAGAACCGGUUGGCUUAAAGGCAGCACGGGGAAUGUCAUUCAGAGCUUCCAUUUCCAAUAAUGAAAUCUUCUGGCCAUUUUCAACAAGUAUGUGCUGCUACAUGGACCUAUACUGGGACACUUUUCAUAUAAAAUACCCUUGGAUUGUGCUUCCAGCUUCAGAGACACUCCACCAAAAUUUAGAAUUUUGGUAAAAAAAGGUUUCAUUUAUAACAUGACUUCAUUACCACAAUGUUCAGAAAAGAUUGGGAAUCUCACUUUUAUGCAGAAAUGUCUAGCCUUUUUAGGUCAGAUGUUGUAAUACUAUAUACUUGUGGUUGAUAACUUCUGUGUCACCCUGAAAAGAAGUGAUAGCUACAGUUGUGUUUUGAACGGAAUAUUUUUGAAAUACUGUAGCUAUAACAUUUUGGUUUACUAUUAAAAUUCUCAGGAUAAGAUGUGUUGUACACUACAAGCCAAAUGCAAUGAAAUGACAGCAUCUAUAAUAUAAGGAUGAUAUUGUGCAAUUGGUCAAAUAGUGAGGGGGAUACCCAAAUCUUUGAUGCACACUGUGUAGCUCUACUUUGAGAUUAAUGAGGUUUGACAUACUGUAAAACCUUGGUAUCAAGUCCAAAAUUUAUAAAACUUUGUAUUCUGUAAAAGUUUGUACACUUUUAACUAUUGUAUUAUGUAAGUUUGGUCCAAAAUGGGGAAUUCAGAGUUUGUUACAAGUCUAAUACAAUGUGCAAGUUUUGGUACA